AUGACUGCACGCGAACCUCACUGGGCCAUGUUGCAUCAUGGUAGUGUUCUCGAGCAGACAGUGAGCUACCGGCUGGUGCGAAGAAAGGCUGAGCGCGCUGUUCGCGUCUGGCACCGGGCAGCAUGUGAAGAGUGGGUGGCUUCAGUGGGUGGCUUCAGUGUGGGACAAGUCUGGGCGGGCGAAGAUUGGCUGGUGAAAAGGCUCGACGGGCCCACUCGUGCAGGACCCUGGCAACAAAGUGGGUCUGUGCGCCAAGCGAGAUUGUCGUCGCGGCUUCCCAGCACUGCCACGGCGGCUGGUACAAGCAGACGGGGCCAGCGCCUUUCUUUGACCUCUCUGCUCUCAUCUUCCCCAACACCAGGUCCGCCAGGCACGCCGCACGACGUUGUUUUCCCAUGA